AUGAACUGUUUGUCCGAUGUCCCUCACUCACCACUCCGAUAUCAUCCACACGCGCGCCUGCCGCGUGUGCUGCUGCGAUCGGCCCAUCCCGGAAAUGUCCAGGUGCGGGUUGCGGCUGGCAUCACGUGCGAUCAGGCGGGCAGUGUUACCUCCAUGCAAUUCUCCCAGCUUAUGGCACCAUCCUUUCCCACGGAUAGUGUCACGCGCCUUACUCGCCUCACGGAGCUGAGCUUCUACACGGUCAUCGAUUUUCCAGACAACCCACUCUACAACAUCACAUGGCUCAAGUCGCUGUCAGUGGAGUGUCUGCCGACCGUGACUGGAGUGGCCUUUCCUUCCACCAUUGCCAACCUCGCACAGCUCAUCAGACUGAGAGUGAAGGACUGCAGCAUGGGCACCAAUGGUGCCUUCUCGGUGCUGAGCUCUCUCACCAGCCUCGUGGAUGUGGAGUUGCCGUCUAACGGCGUCUCGGAUCUCUCGCCGCUUCAAGGGCUGGACUACGCCAAGCUACAGCAACUCAAUCUGAGCUCCAACGCGCUGCAGUCCGACCGGCUCCAAGACCUGAGCAAGCUCACCAGCCUCACCUCCCUGGACCUCUCUCACAACCAGCUCACUGGCCCUCUCCCUGAAUCCCUCACAGCCAUGACCUCCUUGGUUACCCUUUGGUUUUUCAUGAUCCUUAGCAACAAGCUUCCGGGUCGCCCUUGCUUUCCAUGCGGCAUAGAGACAGUCCCCACACCCUGCCUGCCCCAUGCCUCCCAUCACAUCAGUUCCACCAGCAACACCUCUCUCGCGUGCCCUGACCGCUACAGCAGCUGCGGUGUGCCCCAGAAUCCGUCUAAUGGCUUCUGCCACACCUGCGCUGACUUCUGCACUUCAUGCGACAAGUCCCAGCUGCCUGCCCCGCCUGCAGCCAACCAGGGGAAGGCGGGAGUGUCUGUGGGGGCGAUCGUCGGGGCCGUGGUUGCUGCCUGUGCUGCUCUCCUGGGCCUCGCCUUGAUCCUCUACUACUGCUGCUUCAACACACGGCAACAGAAAGCACCAGCGUUGAUGAGCAGCAGAGCAGCAUCGCAGGCAUGUCAGGAGUACCCACUGCAGCACGUGGUGAAGGCGACCCAUGGAUGGAGCGAGGAUAAUCUGCUGGGCAGGGGUGCAUUUGGAGAUGUGUACCGCGCUGUGUCUCCUGCUGAUGGGACCACCCUGUGGGCUGUGAAGCGCGCCAAGCUUAUUACUAACGACUUUGACACCGAGGUGUGCCAGAUGGCCUCCAAGCACCACCCCAACCUAGUGCGGCUGCUAGGGUUCGCCAUUGGCAUCACAGACAAGACAAGGGUGGAGCAGGUCCUCAUCUACGAGCUCAUGCCCCACGGGGACCUCUCGCACUGGAUGGGCAAAGAUGCCCCCACGCCACUGACUUUCCAGCAGCGGGUGGACAUCCUCAUAGGGGCGGCGCGGGGCUUUGAGUACCUUCACAGCUUUGGCAUCGUGCACCGCGAUAUCAAGCCUGCCAACAUAUUGCUGGAUGGGAACAUGCAGGCUAAGAUUUCAGACUUUGGGCUGGUGAGGAUGGGGGAGGGCACGGCACUGCAGAGCACGCGAGUGGUGGGAACACCAGGCUAUGUGGACCCCUCUUACGUUGCUUCCAAUAAAGCCACCACUGCCGCUGAUGUGUACAGCUUCGGCGUUGUGAUGCUGGAGCUAAUGACGGGCCGGCAGGCCGUUGGGGAGUCUCUAGCCACGGGCGCGGAUGAAGAGACCAACUGUCCCAUGACCAUCGUCUGCUGGGUGGAGCAGCAGCUCCAACAAUCCAGCAACGGCCCAGCCCCAGGCCUCAGCGACCCACGCAUGGAAGCUCGGGACGACCUCGUGCUGGCCGUGGUGCAGCUGGCGCUGCGAUGCACUGCCAGGCGCACUGCCGCCCGGCCGGACAUGGGCACAAUAGCAACAGAGCUGAGUGCGGUGAUGGCGGAGUUGGGGGGUUCUAAGAGGAAUACAGCGGCGGAGGAGGUGGACAGGCAGAUGGAGGAGAUUGAACCCGCGAGAAGCAUGGAAGAGGAGUUUGCUCGGAUAGAUGCCCGGUUCCAAGGUAGUCAAAGUGACUCGUACGCUCGCUUAGGCCUGGUUUGA